GGGCGCGAGUGCACGGACGCCCGGGGCCAAGCGUGCGCAGAACGGUUCGAGGUGCGCGGCGAGGCCCGGAGCGCGCGUGCGCGGGCCGGCGCGCGCGUCUCCUCCCCCGCCCCCACCUGGCUGAGACGGCGGCACAAUGGCGGCGCCCGUGGCCCCUCCACGUCCCGUCACCCACCUGCUCUUUGACAUGGACGGCCUCCUGCUGGCCUGCCUGCCGCCUGUGUCUCGGGAACCUUACGCUCACAAAGGGAGCCAGGACUGCCACAUCGCCAGAUCCACUUGGCGCCUUUUCUUCUGUUUCCAGAACGUUCUGCCUCACGAGCUGCUGCUCCACGACCUGCGGGGGUCUGUCUCCUUGGCUUUGCUGCCCAGCCCUCCGUGGAUCCUCUCUGCUUCUAGUUGGGGUCCUGGAUUUGGCCCGGGACCCGUUCUCUCAAGAUCUCCCGGGGACGCAGGGCCUCUUGCUCUAAGGCCCCUUGGCCGCCGAGGACACCCUCGCCUCUCCUUGAGCGCCAUCCACACGGAGAAGACUCUGCCCCCGCCCAGAGCUCUCUGUGCUGUCCUGCUGUCCCUGGGACCCACCCUCGGCGAGGCCGCCUUCCCGUCCUCCAGUCCUGCCCUGCCCCCUGCCCGCAUUCCAGUACCGCUUCCUCAAUAUUCCAGGUCGUGUCUGUGUUGUUCCAGCUGCUGCUGGCCUUCCCCAGACCCUGAGCCUUCAUUCACCCUCAUGCAAUAAGAGUUCAUAUUUGGAGAGAGCCUUCGCCGUGUGCUCACUGCUGCCCGUGUCGCUGUAGUGCAACACCUUUCUUGCCGCCUUUGCCCAUUUUGCAGAUGAGCCAGCUGAGGUCUCCUGAGCUCUAGUGACUUCACUUCACAGGCAGAGAUUGACAGGUGUCUCACGGCUGGAGACAAGGAGGCAGCAGUUCACCAGACCUGGGUGUUCUCAGGGGUGGUUCUGUCGCUGCCAGGAACGUGGUGGCCGUUGUUGACUUUGGGUGCUCACGUGGGCGAGACCGCACACAGUUCUGGGCCCGGUGUGUGCGGGUGAAGAAGGCUUUGCCGAGAGAGCGCCCCUCACCUGGGCUUUGUCCCUAGAACACACCCGCAUUCCUCUGGCAGAGGAUCCAGGCAUAAGCUGCUCCCUACAUACUUUGCAGGAGAACGGGCGUUGGUGCAGAUGGAGGUAGCCCUGCACCCUGCCUGUCGUGCAUCCAUCCGACGCCCUCUCCUGUGCUGGGUCCCGUGGGUGUGUGCACGUGGAUGUGGUCGUCACGCAAGCACCUCUGCCAUCUCUGCGUCUGCCGGGAGCCGCCUGAUGCAUGCCCCAUCUCAGCGCUCAUCUUGUUAAACCAGUCCCAGGGCAGCCUGAUAAGAGCAUUGAGAGUCGCCUCCUGGGUCAGCCAGGCCGGCCACCCAAGGAGUUCAUGUGGCUGCCAGCUGCCACUCUGGAGGCGGGUCCGUCCGGGCGGGCGGCUCCUGAAGGCUGGAGAUAGAGCCUUAGGUUCAGAGGGACUUAAGUAGGGUGCCAUAGCCUGGAUCCAGUAGGGCUGUUGAGGAGAGCGCGGUGUUCAGGGCCCGACUCUGCUUUGUGAGUCCCUCGGCUCUCCAGGUGCCGGGCCAGGAUGCCACAUGCAGGGAUACCGCGUGGGCGAUCCCCGGGACGACAGGCAGGGGCGCCCCGGGCUGCGUGCUGUGGGAGGCACUUUCCAUCCUCCUGCCAUGUCACCCUUCUGCUGGGCUGACCCAGUUUCCCUGGGCGUGGGGUGGGGAGAGGAAGUGGGCCACGCUCCAGCGUGCCUCCCGGAAGACCGGACAUACCCUAAGCCUCGUGGCAGGGCUGUAGGCGUUGAUGGGGUGGAUGCAGAAGGGCUGUGGAGAUUCCAGGCAGACGGGUGCUGUGGGCCAAGCUGAGUGCUGGGGAAGAGGCUGCUGGCUCGGUGAAAGAGGUCUCCGGGAGGGGACUGGGCUUGUGAGCCGUGUGCCAGGCUCAGGAACGUAGACUUGACCUCCUGGCCAUGGCGCAGCCUCGUCAGCAGGGCUGCUGUCGAAAAGCAGUAUUGGCGCCGGACGCUGGCUAGGGGGCUGUUGCCAGUGUCCAGGGAGAUGAGGUCAGGCCUGGCUCAGUUUCUUAGGGCUGCUGCAGCACGUUACCACAGACCAGGCUGAAAGCCACAGACGCUGACUUUCUUUCAGUUCUGGAGGUCACAGGGCCAAAAUCGGGAUGGGGGAGGGCCCCACCCCCCUCAGGGGCUCCAGGGGAGGGUCUCUCCCAGGGUCUUGCAGGUUCUGGGGGCUCCAGGCAGCCCUGGGCUCGUGGCCGCCUCCCUCCCGUCUGCUUCCAUCUUCAGUGGCUUCUCUGUGGGACUUAAGAGCCACCUGGGUAAUGCAGGAUGAUGUCUCCAGAUUCUCAACCUAAUCCCUCUGCAAAGACCCUCUUCCAGUAGGUCCCGUUCGCAGGUGCCAGGAGAGUAGCAGAUGGGUGUAGCCUUGGGGGCCCCCCAUGUACCCCCUACAGGGACAAGUGGGGGCAGGAGCCAAGAGCGGAGGCUUGGUACUCAGCCUGCCUGCUGGCCAGCCUGGUCUGGAGGGACUGGGCGAAAGAGGUGGCUAAACCUCCCCCACUGGGCUCCUUCUGAAGGAAGGGGUGAGGCUUCGGGACAUGGAUGGGUUCAGUUUAGUGAUGGGCACGGGCACAGAUUGCGUUUCAGCCACCUGAGCCUUGGGGUCGACGUCACGCAUGGCAACUACCCUGGUUCCCCAUGGAAAACAGACAGAGGGCUUGGUGUUCUCACCGUGCUGAGAAGACGGGCACACUUGGCCAUCCUGUUGGACACGCCUUUGGACGGCAUCAGCACAUCCAAAGAAGACAGGAGACCUUUCCGUUUACGUUUGGAGGUCCCUCUCCCCACAUGGACAGGCACGCUGGUCCAGGUGGAGAGUGCGUCCAGGAAAUCAGGAUGUAGAAAUUUAGCUGUUUUGUUUUGUUUUGUUUUUUAGGGACGCUCCAGCGGCAUAUGGAGGUUCCCAGGCAAGGGGUCCAAUUGGAGCUAUAGCUGCCAGCCUACA